GUUAAUAAGCAAUAAAAUUAUACUCUUGAAAUGCAAUCAGGGUGCAAAAUAACUCUUCAUUUAGCCUGUAGAAAGCUUAAAGAUAAAGAUACAUUUUCUAAAUCAGAUCCAUAGAUUUUAAUAUUUGGAAAAUAAUUUAGAAAUAAUUGUUUAGAUCAGAAUUGGUCUAUAAUUGGUAAAACUGAAACAAUAUAAAAUAAUCUAAAUCCUAAUUUCUAAACAUCAAUAAUUUUAGAUUAUAUAUUUGAAAUUAAAUAACCAUUAAGAUUUGAAGUAAGAGAUGUAGAUGGUGAUAAUUUUGAUGAUCUUGGUUUUGUUGAAACUACAGUUGGUAUAAUUUUUGGAUCAAGAAAUUAAACUUGUAUACUUGAUUUAAAUUAAGGAGGUAAAUUAAUAACUAUGUGUGAAAAAAAUCAAGAUUUAAAUGAAUUAUAUAUAAUGCAAAUAAAGGGAUCUAAUUUAAAAGGAUCAUGGUGUUCACAACCAAACCCAAGUUUUAAAUUAUAUAAAUGUACAAAUUCAAAUGAAUUCUUCGCUUAUUAAUCAGAACUUGUACAUAAAACUUCAAAUCCAUCAUGGAAAACUUUUUAAAUGAAAUAAUUUAAAAUUGGUGAUAAAUUUAAAUUAGAAGUUUAUAAUUCAAUAAAUAAAAUAAUAGGAUCAAAUUAUAUAACAAUAGAGUAAUUAAAGAAAGAACAAAGAGAAUUCUACUUAAGUAAUAAUGGUGGAUUGAUUUAAUUCUUAUAAUUUGAAACAUUAUUUAAAUAUACUUUUAUGGAUUAUAUUUAAGGUGGAACAUAAUUAAAUUUGAGUAUAGCUAUUGAUUUCACAUUAAGCAAUAAAGAUUAAAAAUAAUACGAUAGUUUACAUAGAAUAUAUUCUUAAAAUUAAUAUGCAUAAGCAUUAACAAGCAUAGGAGAAAUAUUAUUAGCUUAUGAUUAUGAUAAAUAAGUAUCAUGUUAUGGUUUUGGUGCAAAAUUAAACUUUCCUAAUUUAAAAACAAAUACUUUAAGUCAUUGUUUUCCAUUAUCAGGAGAUCCAAAUAAUACAAAUGCAUAAGGCUUAGAUGGAAUAAUGUAGAUGUAUUAGAAUGCAUUAAAUUAUUUAAUUUUUUCUGGACCUACAUAUUUUGGUCCUUUGAUUGUUGAAGUAAUGAAAUAAGCUACUUUUAUUAAAUAAUAAGGAUUAAAUUAAUAUUUAAUAUUAUUAAUAAUAACUGAUGGAGCAAUUCAUGAUAUGGAUCAAGUUGAAUAAUAUUUAGAAUAAGCAGCAUUUUUACCUAUUUCAAUUAUCAUUAUUGGAGUUGGAGAUGAUGAUUUCACUUUAAUGAAAAGAUUAGAUGGAGAUGUUUGUAUACAUUUUAUUAUAUUUUAGCUGAUGGAUUAAUGAUGUAAUAAAUUAAUAAAAGAGAUCUUGUAUAAUUUGUUCCAUUUAGAGAUUUUAAAGAUUCUAUGUUAUUGGCUAAAGAAGUUCUUGAAGAAUUACCAGAUUAAUUAGUGAAUUAUAUGGAAAUGUAAGGAAUUAAACCUGGACCAUCUCCAGUUCAUUAAAUGCAGGACUUUAAUAUGACAUAAUAGUAAAUUUCAUGA